CGCAUGUUCCUAGUUUUCAUCGACAAAAAUCUCAAACUAAACCAACAAAAAUGCUUCAGAUUUGCUCCAUUUUAACUUCUCAACGAAGCUUAAGACCGUCCAAAUUCUCCCCAUUUCAUUCUACCCGUUGUGUUAUUCAGCAGCUGCAGUUGAAGCUGAGAGAACUAUCAGAGAAGGCCCUAGACACGACUGGUCCAAAGAUGAGAUCAAUUCCAUUUACGACUCUCCUGUUCUCGAUCUCCUCUUCCAAGGAGUUGGUUUCAGUUCUUAAUCUCUUGUUUACAGCUUUAAUCUCUUGUGUACCAAUCUUUUUAUUGGUUUAUGUGAAUGUGUAGACUUCUCAGUGUGAUUAUUAUGGUAAAUUGGUGAAGUUAAUUUUGGUUGUGUGGCUGUUUAUGUGCCAGAGCCCUUGGACCCCCGAGAACAAUUAAUCAAUAGGAAGGAAAAUCCAUCGACUGACACAUUGUCUCCACGUGUAUGAACGGCAAAUUAGCUCCAAAUAAGCCUACGGUAUUGAGGAUUACUGGUCUCUUGAAUCCACUAUCUUAGAGGACCCAGUGGACCUUUAAGUCCCCUAAUUGUUAAGAGUCAAGUGGUCGCUUAAUGAGUUUGGUGUUCUGUGCAAGGUUUUUCUAGUUUGCUUAAAAAGUUUCUUGUUUGAUGAUGUGACUUCUAAUGCAACAGCUGUUAUAGAAUUCUUGAGGUUUUUUUUUUUUUUUGUUUUGAUAACCAAAUUGUCGUCUCCGCAUAUUGGACCCUGGACCAUGAAAUUUUAUGGGUUCAGGGAUUGCCGCCAAAGCAGUUUAAUUUUCAAAUUCUUGAGUUAAUUGGAGGUUGUUUCUGAUUUUAGGCUCAAGUUCACCGACACGCUCAUAACUUUAGGGAGGUGCAGCAGUGCACGCUCCUCUCUAUCAAGACCGGUCGGUGUAGUGGGGAUUGUUCGUAUUGUCCUCAAUCCUCAAGAUACCACACUGGAGUAAAAGCACAAAAGCUAAUCACUAAGGAAACUGUGAUGCAGGCAGCACAGAAAGUACGAAGUUUAUUUUGUAUCGAGUGACUCUUUGUGUCCUAGCUGUGUUGCUAAGAGAUCUUGAACUAAGGUGUCAGCACGUAAUUAUGUUUUCCCUCACGGUGGUAAUUAUUUGCUAUCUCAGUUACUCGCAGUAUAUAUUAAGACACAAUACUUUUUUUAACUAGUCAAUGGGGUUGAGUGAAAGAGCGAUCAUUCCAGCUCUGCUUCAACAUAAACAAUCUGUAUAAGUUUCAGACAAAUUGAUCACAUGAAUAUUUUUCUUAAAAAUGACUCUGAUUGGUUGGUUAUAGUCUCGAAUUAGUUUUUAUUUCACAUGAAUAUUGACUAUUGGUUGAUUCAUGUUGUAUUACGUGUAAUACAAUGCUAUAACCAUGGUGUCAAUAUCUUUAUACAAUGCUAUAACCAUGGUGUCAAUAUCUUUAUACAAUGCCAUAACUAUGGUGUCAACAUCUUUACUUAUUUUAUUAGGCAACGGAGGCUGGCAGCACACGUUUUUGUAUGGGUGCUGCAUGGACAGACACAAUAGGGAGGAAGACCAAUUUCAACAACAUCCUUGAAUAUGUGAAAGAAAUAAGGGAAAUGGGGAUGGAGGUGUGCUAUACAUUAGGCAUGCUGGAGAAGCAGCAGGCUUUAGAACUCAAGAAAGCAGGCCUUAUAGGAUAUAACCAUAACCAUGAUACCUCAAAAGAAUAUUAUCCAAAUGUUAUCACUACAAGAAGUUAUGAUGAGUGCAUGGAAACACUUAAACAUGUCUGUGAAGCUGGGAUUAAUGCCUGUUCAGGUGAUUUGGUACUAAAGUUUGAAUUUGGUAUCUUCUUAAAUAUUUUGUAUGCAAAGAUAUUUUAUCUGGACAUGUCAUCUGGAUUAAAUUCGUAGAAUACUGAAAUCCACUUGUGGGGGAAAAUAUGAAAGGGACACUAUUGUAUGAUAAAAUUUCUUAUAUUCCAUUAAUUGGGUUUACAUCA